AUACAUCUGAUAUAUUAGAAACUUUGAGAAGAGAAAUCGAAGAAUUGCGCGUGCCGCUCCUGCUAGCAAUAUGAUAAUCACCGCCACUCUAAGCUAACUCUGUGGGCGGAUAGAAGCAGUCGCGAGCUUUACAGUACCUGAGCACCAAACCCGGAGGACGCUGCAUUCAGUACCCACGAUGAGUUUGUUCGGCGCUAUUGUCACCGGUCGGCUGGUCCAGACGGACUUCCAAGCCGUCGACCAGACCAAGUUUCUGGUGAAUAUCCCAGAUCCGGCGAGCAUUCACCACAUCGUCGUCUUUUUAACCGGAGCACAGCCAUUCCCCGAGGGUUUGGGAGGAUCAGUGUACUUCAGCUGGCCGAGCCCGGAUGCCGUCGGGAACUGGCAGUACCUCGGCUUUAUUUCGAACGAAAAGCCCAGUGCCAUCUUCAAAGUGUCCAAGCACAAAGAAGGUAAGCCCCUCCGAUUCCCCAAGCAACGACGAGGCGAGCUUGCGGAUGCCGCGGCAACUGGAUUUCUGUCUGGACUGACAGCAUCACUCGUCUUUACCCUCGCAGACGCGCAGCCGGAGCACGCUUUUUCGUCGCACGGCUUUUGCAGCGUCGCCCAACUCGGGAUCUCUGUGGAGCCCCUGGCGCAAAUCCAGUUCCAGGCGGCACCGGCCGCGACCGCUUCCCCGCUCGACUCCAGCACGGAGUUCUGCACCAAGAUGCUGGAGAGUCUCUUCAACCACCUGGCGUCGUACGGUGGCGCCCCCAUGACGCCGGCCGGCGACACCUUCUUCCCCAUGCGGGCGUUGGAACAGUGGCACAGCAACUUCCAGCGACGGCUCCAGCAGAACCCAAACUUCUGGAGGAACCAGUGAAAUUUUUCUUUUCUUCAACUUUUUCGAUAUUAAACUCUUUGAACGUUUUA